UUGGUGUCAUCCCGUUUCUGUGGUUUUGCCUAGUGCACCACCUUCUAUCACGCCGACACAGGUGUCUUUCAAUCAGGUCCGCUCUCAGUAGUUCCCUCAAGCCCUCAAAGCAUCCCCUUCCUUUGCCAUCGUUCUUUGCCCCAUCAUGUUCUCCAAACGCACCUUCCUCGCUCUUUGCACCCUCGCGGCGUCCUCUGUCUCUGUGCAGGCCAAGCAGAGCUUCGAGACUGAGACCUUCUGUGCUACCGCUACGAUCGCUAUCAGCACCGUCGUCCACACGCACACCCAGACCGUGGUCAGCACCCACACAGUGACGAGCACCGCCGUCUCAUCCACCAGCACGUCCGCCUCAUCUUCUUCUGGCUCCAGCUCGAGCAGCAACAACAGCGGAAGCAGCAGCAGCAGCAACAACAACAGUGGAAGCAGCAGCAGCAGCAGCAACAACAACAGCGGAAGUAGCAGCAGCAGCAGUAGCAGCAGCUCUGGAUCCAGCAACAACUCCGGCAGCAACAACUCCGGAAGCGCGGUCACCACCUCCGACAGCGUGGCCGCUUCGACAUCCUCCGCGGUCCUGGCUCUCUCUACCGCGGGUUCGAGCACCACUACUGCCGUUUUGGCCACGUCCACCGGUGGUGUCACAGAUGCGACCGCCGCCCAGACCUCGCUCACCCUGGACCCGAAUGUCAUUUGCACCAACUUCACCGACGACGGACAGAAUCCUCCGGUGACAGGUCAAAGCGCAUCGCAGACCUCGACGAACAACUACAUCAACUUCUGUGCCCUGACGCUGCCGGGCACGCCGUUGACGAACGGCGCCCAGGUCACCACUGGGUCCUGCAACCCCGUGCCGAUCGGUUCGAUCCCCUCCACUAGCAACAUGCCCUCGUCCAAGUUCCAGUUCCCGAAGAACUUCGGCACGGUUGAUGCGUUGGUUCCGUUCAACCUGACGAUGAAGAUCCGGGGCCUGCAGACCGGUGCAUUCACGAACGCGGCGUCGACGUACUACGCUGCCCCGCAACAGCUGAACUCGGCCGGCCAGAUCAUCGGUCACACUCACUUUGUCGUCGAGAGCCUGACCACGAUCGACCAGACUACCCCGAACGACGCACGCAAGUUCGUCUUCUUCAAGGGUAUCAACAACGCCGCGGACGCCAACGGCCUGCUCUCCACCUCUGUGACCGCUGGUCUGCCCGUGGGCUCGUACCGUGUUUGCUCGAUCAACACUGCGAUGAACCACCAGCCGGCAAUUGUCCCGAUUGCCCAGCACGGUUCUCUUGACGACUGCAGCUAUUUCAGCGCUGUUGCAGGCAAGAACGCCACCGUGGCGGCUGUGUCCGUGUCUGCGUCUGCAUCUGCCUCGGCAUCGGCCGUUUCUGCCUCUGCGUCCGCCGUGUCUGUCGCCGCCUCGGCCGUGUCCGCAUCCGCAUCUGCUGUCGUCGCGUCGGCCUCGGCUGCCGCGUCUGCUGUUGUCUCUUCCGCCGCCGCCGCGCCCAGCGCAGCUGUCUCGAGCGCCGUCGCUGCCAGCUCUGCCGUCGCACCCAGCGUCGCCGCGUCCAGCGCCGUUGCCGCGAGCGCGGUUCCCUCGGCUGCUGCGUCGAGCGUGGCCGCCCCCGAGGCGUCUGCCAGCGCCGCUGUGAAGGGCAAGACGGGUGGCAAGCGCCGCCGGUUGAUGGGUCGCCGCCUGUCGAACUUCUAAAGCGCGAGAGUGUACUUACUAGAGAGCAAGUUUUGUAGCCACGAUGGUGACGCCCAGGGCUAGUCCCCAGGCGUAGUAUUUUAUGAUGACAUCGAUCCCAUUCACAUUGGCUUUGAGGCGGAAAGACUAGCGUAGAUAGUUGAACUUGAAUUCGAUGAUGCACCUUUCACUCCAA